UAGAGGAUAACACCAUUGAAGAUGAUUGUGCUUGCAAUGCUUGUUGUUAAUUGAUACUCAUCGAAACAGAAGAUAUGAAAAAUCAGAAGCUCUCCACCAUUGGUCUUAUUUUCUGUUUAAUUUCAUUAACCGUAUACAUCCAAGGAAUUUCUGCACAGACGUGUUCCGACAGUGCAGUCCUAGCGUGUGUCUCAACCUACACUAAUGCUGCUUCUGCUGCUGCUGGUGAUUAUGGAAAACUUUGCAGUGCAGCUCAUCAGUAUCUGAACUGUCUAGACAAUGUACUGUCGGCCUGUGGCUCACAGGACUCAACAAUUAACUAUGCAAAACAAUACGUCGACCUAGCAAGGCAAGCCCUCAACCAAUAUGGGUGUGGUGCAGCUGGCCUCAUUUUUAAUCUGCUGGUCAUGGUUUUAGGGCUGGCGUUUACAUUCAUUUUCAAAACAUUCAAUGACCACGCUUAAACAAAAUUUUUAAAGCAUAAUCUAUACUUUAAAUAUUAAAUGAUUUUAUCUUAAUAUCAAAAUUAACUUACUUUAAUGUGUGGUCAAAGUUUAUAUUAUUGUGAAAAAAAUGUAUUUUU